AUGGGCGAAAGUCUUCUCAAGGCCCUGGUCAAUCGCCCACCCCGCAACCUGGAGCACCUCCGCAUCGUGAAUUUCGGCAUAUCUCAUGACAAACUCCCAUUGGAAUCACUCAAGCCCGUGAUUGAAAACCUGCGGAGUCUCUCCAUUUGUUCCGACGUCAAGCAGCGCGGUGACGCGACGACAGAAUCGGGUCUGUACUCCGCGCUGAGAUAUGCGCGGAAACUGCGGGAACUCAAGAUUGAAGGUGCCACUGAUGCUCCCCAGACUUCUUUCAAUCACCUUCUUCCUGAGGCUCCGCUCCGCGCUCUGGACAUUAGUGGUUUGUUCUUUACGUUUGAUGGAAUUUGCGAGAUCUCUAAGUUCGCAAAAACUCUCACGACCCUGUACAUUACACACAAUUGGCUCACCGACGGUACUUGGGCAGAAUUCAUCGAGACGCUAUGGGACUUUCCACUCCUUAACAAUGGCUUACUGGGCCCGAACUAUUAUGUGAAAGACACGAUGACCACUGCAGGUCAGGAAGUAACUGACGAGCAAGAGUGUCACUCCUUUCACAAGAAAAAGAUGACGGCACGCGAGGCCUGGGUGUCCAAUGAUACACUCGAAUACUAA